CUUUCUUUCUGCUGUAGACCCGGGUGGUAGCUGCUGGUGAGUGGAGGCUGUUGCAGGUUCGUCCAAUCCGCUGCCAUCCGCGGCCUGGGAGUCGAGUUGCGGCGUGGUGCCGAGUGCUUUUUGUUUCUCGGUCUCUGGCGGCUUCGUAGCGGAUCCUGUCCUGCGAGUAGGGCCCGAGGGCGAUCUGAGCCGAGACGGCGGUGAGCAAAUGGGCAAGUUCAUGAAACCCGGGAAGGUGGUGCUGGUCCUGGCCGGUCGCUACUCCGGACGCAAAGCGGUCAUCGUGAAGAACAUUGAUGAUGGUACCUCAGACAGACCGUACAGCCAUGCUCUGGUGGCUGGAAUUGAUCGCUAUCCCCGCAAAGUGACAGCUGCCAUGGGCAAGAAGAAAAUCGCCAAGAGGUCAAAGAUCAAGUCUUUUGUGAAAGUUUAUAAUUAUAAUCACCUCAUGCCUACCAGGUACUCUGUGGAUAUCCCCUUGGACAAAACUGUUGUCAACAAGGAUGUCUUCAGAGACCCUGCUCUCAAACGCAAGGCCCGACGAGAGGCCAAGGUCAAGUUUGAGGAGAGAUACAAGACCGGCAAGAACAAAUGGUUCUUCCAGAAGCUGCGGUUUUAGUCUGCCUUGUUUCCAUCAUUAAAA